ACGCUUACCUCCUCCUCCAUUCGUCCAGCGAGGUCUUCGGGACAGGAUACACUUGCCUCCCUACCUUUGCGCUUCCUAGCUUUCCAUUGGCUCACCUCCACCGAUCUCUAAUUCCGGGCGCAUUCCCACGCAAAAUUGAGCCUCGGCCUCAAAUCCCCUGCCAAGCGGAGCGUUCACCGCACCCGGCCGCCUCGAGCAAGCACCGCAGUCGCGUUGAAUCGCGCCUAGCAACCACCUCAAACGUAUACGAACGAUGACCGCCGUGCGACAUCCUCUCUAGACAUCCCCCCUCGCCAUGGCGCCCUCUGACGAACUCACGACAACAAUCUCCGACGCGUUGGGAUCCCUUCCCUUGUUGAACAAGGCCUCCUUUCUGCUGGACACAGCGCUGGCUCUAAUUGAGGCAGGAAAAUAUGGCCCGCAGGUCGAACACUACCUGGAAGUAUACCUCAGGACACCGAAUCUGCCAAAGGCAGACGUAGCGCGCGCACUCCUUGCGAGGGGGAAUGCGCGAAAGGUGCAAGGGGAACGUUUGCUCGCACAGGCCGAAGCAGACUUCCAGGCCGUUCUCAAGGCCGAUCCCUCCAACCGCGAAAUACACCAGCACCUCCGCCGCGAACGCGUCAUCCACUUCAAGUCCGAGCCCGCCUCGCAGCGCGCGCCAGCCGAGAUCUGGGAGCGCAUCGCGAUGCAUACCCCGCGGUACCACCUGCGCACCUGGCUCUACGUGUCCUCCUUCCACCGCGACAUCGCGUCCCGCAUCAUCUUCCGCACGCUUGACCUGUACUUCGGCGAGGACGUGGAGGCGACGAACCGCGGGCUCGAUAUCUUCGACCGCGCAAAGGCCGACCCGGUGUUCGCUAGCCGCGUGAAGUCUCUCCGCCUUCACUGGGCGUAUGAGGAGGGCGACAUGAUGGAUCUCAUGGCGCGCAUCUUCCGGUCCGCGCUGACAGAGUUCAAGGCGCUGCGCGACUUUGAAUGGAUCGGCUACCCCGAAAUGCGGGACGACAUGGUCAAGGUCGUUCUCGCCGCGCACCCGAACCUGCAUGCCCUGGGGCUCAUCGGGUGGCACUUUGACGCUGAGGGCGUCUCGCGCUUCCGUCACCUACGCAAGUUUACCCUACGCGCCGAAGACGAUGACGGGUUCGCGGACAUGGGCGAGGUCCGAACUGUGCUUGACGAGAACGCGGACACGCUGAGACACCUCAUCCUCGGAGCCUACCUCGCGCGACAUCACUCCUGGGAUAAUGCAUUCCAGUCCGUUACCGUCGGCCACCUCACCCACCUCGACCUCGUUGACACGCGUAUUUCGCACUUCGUGCUCACCCGCAUCACGCACGCGCAAGGGCUCGUAAGCCUGACUCUCCAUGGCACCCUGGAGGAGCCGGCGGCCGCUGCAAUCGUCUUUGGUAGCGACCAUGCCAUUGGCGGGAACCACUCUAUUCUACCUCACCUCCAAGCAUUCCGAUUCGUCCUCGUAGGGCACGAGGAGGAAGCUGCGCUCUAUCAAGCGGUCGUCAAGUUCUUGUCCGGAAGGACGCUUCUCAGAAGACUCGACCUGGGCAGCUGCCCAUCCGAGAUGGUGCUUGGAUUACUACCUGAACUCACCAAUUUGCGCGUCCUCGGCAUUCGUAUCGCCAACCUGACCAAGCUGGCCGUACGGUCACUAGUCACGUCGUUGCCUGUCUACAUGACCGCAAUGACUUUGUACUGCGCCGUCUCUGAUGCACCUAUGAGCGAUUACGCCCCCGAGUUCGCACGCUUCGCCAACCUCUCCUUCCUCCACUUCCGCUGCGGCUCCAAACAACGUCCUCAAGAAAACAUUAUGUCCGAGAAGGAGCACCAGGUGCGCACCGAGGUUUGGAACGCUCGCGCCCGCGCCGUCGCGCUCUCUGUCAAGUCCCUCGACUUCAUCGGCUGGCACGGGGAGCACUACGUGAUCGUGCGCGGCGCGGAGACGGAGCUGCGGGAGCUGCCGUCGCGGCGGCGGCUGGACUGCGGGAAGGGCGUGGACCUGGGGAGCGAGGACGCGAUAUGGCUGGAGCGCAAGGACGUUCCUAUAGACUAUGAGCAGCCUGGUAUCGUGUGAUGCCUUUGCUAUCGUUUGCUAUCUGUCAAGCUAUGUAGAUACUAUGUGUCGCUCUUGUAUAUACUCUCAUCUCUGUACUGCUAUAUGGAUUAUAAGCUUCCGAGACUGCGACAGA